UUCCAUUGUAUUUUACUAACGUAAUUUUAAUAAUAAAUUCUCUUUUUUAGUGUGACAACUCCGUUCAAUAAUCUGUAGACUCGAGUUGGUGUAAAAUUGUUAUUUUACGAUAUUUUAAUUGGCAUAAAUAAAUGAACACAGAAAUUAUCUUUAAUAUAGAUGAAAAUGGAGCUACGAUAUUUUCUCAUGUUUGUGCAGGCGUCUGGGAGCUAAAAAGAAAAUAAUUGCCACGUUAAAUUGAGUUGCAUUUAAGAUUCCACCUAAAUCGAUGACUCAUUAGUAACAAUGCUGAUAAUAAUCCAUCUUCUAUUUUCGCUUAUGUACGGUAGAUAUGUUUCAUCUUAUAAUAAAUUAUGGCGAUGCUAGGAAUUUCUGUCUUGAUCGUUCUCUGUAUGAGUUGCAUCACCAUUUGUGCAGGAAGUACAGAUUGUAACAGUGGACGUCACCUGUAUCAUUUCAUUCAUCUGCCGGAUGGUGCCAACCUCUUCAGCGUUAUUAAGAGUUUGGAUACCGAGCAUGUAAACUUUUUGUUCACGUCGGAUAUUUCGAAUGGCGAUUUAAUUGACAUUGAAUUGAAGACAAAUUCUCAAUUAUUCAAGGUUACCGGUGGAGGUCAAAAUGGAGAUUAUCCCUUCAGUAGUCCGCUUGAUAAGAUCGAAAUACUAUAUGGAACUGGACGCAUCGAAUUCAACCACGAGAACGGAUCAUCAAUAUUCCAAUUACAAACUGCCUCUAACUUAAGAUUUUUUUGGUAUUACAAAGAUUUGCAAAUUUUAGAGUGCAGAAUAGGCUUUCAUCAACACUGUAGUGUGGAUCAGCCAGGAAUCACACCUACUCAGCCGUUCGGGGUGGAUUGUGAACUAACUGAUUGCAUUUGGAGAAAAAAGGGUGAUGACCUUGAGAAGUGUAAAACGGAUUGCACACACACGAUCGCAAACUGCACAAACUAUCUCAAACGGUAUGAAAAUAAUAGUGAAAACACUCCUCCUGUCCACAAUAAUCCAUCCUCUGUCCCCAGUGAAAUGAACCCAGAGGGCAGUGGACAGACGCGGGAUCAUGACGACAGUACUAAGAUGGUUUCUACAGCAAACAUGGAAUCGUCUGAGCCGCACGCGACAACACAACACAAUACGUCGGGAGAUCAAAGCGAAAUCACUAAUACGAUCGGAUAUCAUGUUACAGGGGAUAGUGCCCUGGUUAGUGAUUUGGAAACAGAUGAAAAAACAGUCUCUGACAACACGGACAACUCUGUUAGUUUUCAGCAUCAGGAAAUUGAAGUAAUAAGUACGGAAUAUCACAGCACACGCGGCGGAAGGGUGACAGUAUCGGAUACAAGGACAGUGACAGGAAUAAUGACUACCGAUAAGCCUAUUGGAAGCGGUAGUGACACGAAUGAACGAACAACAAAAACAGAUGACAAUAUCGGGGCUGGUAUUCAUUGGACUACAGGUAUUGUUGUGCUGGUGAUUUUUACUGGAGCUGCCGCUAUCGCCUUUGUCAUUGGCUGCAUUUGUAUCUUGCAUGGCUUACUACUGAAGCCUAAGGAAAUGCGUAAAAUCGCUCCUGAAGAGACGAUGAUGAAGACAAAACAUAUGAAAGAAAAAAAGUAAAUACUAAGCGCUUAAUAAAGUUUAUUUUUAUUAAUUAUGACAAACGUUCAGUUUUACAUUAUUCAGCAAGCAACAGCAAACAAGGAGUAAAAUUGACUCAAAACAUCAUACAGUUCACUCUCCAUACGACCCCGCUAAUUCCAAGACCACUUUUUAAAUGUACCAAGUAACAGUCUUUAAACACAAAGCUAACCCUGUUUUGUCUCGCAUAUAAGGGCAUUGCAAAUGCUCGUCCAUAAUAAUAAGUUCAUUGUAAAACCUUUUUAA